AAACCAGACAUGAUAUCUCAUUUGGAGGAUGGAAAAGGACCAUGGGUGGUAGUGAGAGAAAUUUCAAGAACCCCCUUUUCAGAUCUACGUGUCUAUUGUUCCCAGCUCUCUACUGGGCUAUAGAAAGAGGAGGAACCUGUCCAGAAUCCCCGCAGGACAGGAAAAGGAGGGGACACUCAACAUGGAAAAACUCUGCAGUGAAAAUGAAGCAAAGCCUGAGAACCAAGGCAAGAUGGAAAACGAACAGCCACUGGAUGCAGGAAAACCAGGAGCAGCAGCUACUAAGGAAGACAAAGAAAUGUUAGAAAACAAGGGAAGGACAGAUCACAAGGGAAAGACAGAUGAGGAAGUAUUAAAGGUUAAGGAAAGGCCAGAGAAUGAGACAAAGCCAAAAAAAGGAAACCCAGAGAGCCAAGGAAAGCCAGUGAGUGAGGAAAAAGCAAAAGAAAGAAAAGCAGAGAGUGAGGGGAAGCCAGAGAGUGAAGGAAAGCCAGUGAGUGAGGGAAAACCAAAAGACAAGCCAGCCAGGGAACCAAGGGAACUAAGGGCUGGCGGAAAGGGCCCAGCUGGGGAGGAUGUACCCAGGAAGGCCAAAAGAAAAACCAACAAGGGGCUGGCUCAGUGUCUCAAGGAAUACAAGGAGGCCAUACAUGAUAUGCAUUUGAGCAAUGAAGAGAUGAUAAGAGAAUUUGAUGAGAUGGCCAGGGUAGAGGAUGAGGUGAAGAAAACCAGACAGAAAUUGGGGGGGUUUAUGUGGAUGCAAAAAAGUUUACAGGACCCCUUCCACCCAUGGGGCCCACGGGCACUCAGGGGUGGCUGUAGGGCCCCACAAAGGGGCUUUGAAGACAUUCCUUUUGUGUAGUGCCUCUGGCAGGCAUUUCCCAGGCCUUGUGCUUUAUUUAAACUUAUGCUAAUCCUAUACUUUAGGUGUCGCUCUCGUUAUUCAGCUGCAGCCCUCUGUUUCAGUAGCAGAUUUUCAUCCAUUGCAUGGAAAAAUGUUGAUGGUGCAUUGUAAAAUUAAAAACAAAAAUAGUUUUCAGAACCAUAUAUAUGGCAUCAGUCCAUUUUUGUAAAACUACAAAGAUACUUUACUAGUGAUCCAUGUACAGGAAAAACUGAAAACUGUCUACUAAAAAUCAACAGUGGUUAAAAAAAUAAA